CAUAAUAACAACAACACAGGAAAAUUAAAUAUAGUAGUAAUAUGUAACUAUAGUAAUAAUAAUAUGCAUACAUUUAAUAUUUUAUAUAUAUAUUCUAGCUCUCAAAUCCGUUUUUUCAUAAUGGAUUUCGAAUUCACUAUGAUCAAUAGGACCGAAAUAUUAUUGGUAUCCGGCGCCAUCUCCAACAGUUUAGAAAAAUAUAAACCGAUGAAACUGGAAGGGAAUCCUCUUGUACUUACACAAGACGAUAAGUUAAGGAGGUUCCGGCGCCGUGACUUGGGAAAAGUUGUGCAAACAAUCAAAAGGGUAUUCCGGAGUAAACCAAACUUGACCACACCAUUGUUGGACCAAUUAUACAAAAGUAUAACCCAUCAGGGGGAGUCGACUUUGUCAACGGUAUACCUACAGAAAUAUUUGCACAUCGAUAACAGGGAGCCAAUAAUAGUUUUUUGGAACGGAACGACAGAUCUAACAAUUGUAAAAAGAUUAAGAUUAAGGGGUAUUUUAGCGUUUUUAAAUAUAACGGCGUACAGUGAUAGGAAUAAUAAUGAAUUUAAUUUAAAACUAACUAACAUAGAAACAAGAGAAACCUUAUAUUCAGGUUACAUAGGAAAACUUAAUAAAAACGGCAGGAUGUUAAACUUAUUAGAAGCACAUGAAUUGGUGUGCAAUACGAAUCAUCAUAUCACGCAUUGUCACGAUCCAAUUGCUGAUGUAAUUUUAACCAAAUGCGUUUUUGACUAUGUAGUCACGAAAAUAAGGCCGAUAUAUUUGUAUAGACUAGGUAGAAAAUAUAGAAAAAAAAUAAAUAUAUAUAGAGAUUUUUAGGAUAAUUUCAUGGUGAAGGUAAUUACGUAGACUUAACACAGUUAUAUUAUUUUAGAUUUAUCGAAGAAUUAAAAAAAAUAUUAAGCACCGAAGUACAUAUUUAUAAACUUAAGGAAAAUAAGAUGGAACCGGUAUGCUUUAACUGGCACAUAUUAAAAGCAAACAAAAGAUUAAACGAACGUUAUGAUUUCAAAAAAUUAAAUAAGAUAACCAGAAAUAUUGAACUCUUUAUGAAUGACCAUUGUAACGGAGAAUGUAAGGAAUUACUUAAAUUAAUAGAGAAAACAAGAGAUCCAAGCUAUAUACUCGAAUAUCCUAAGUAAAUGAAAUUAUGUUGACAUAUAUGUGUAACAAUUUAUUAUAUUAUUCACAUAACUUAUCAAUUGGUGGAAGAUUUAUUAUAACUAACAAAUAUUGUAUUCAAAAGGGGAAAUAUAAACUUAUAUUAUAUAAUAAACUAAACAUUUUAACACUUCUAAUAUUAUAAUUUCAGGUAAUCAAAAUUUAUAUUAUUAUGUAUUCAAAUUUUAUCAUAUAAAAAAAAAAAAGAAGAACACAAUGUAAUUAAAUAAUAUUGUAAAUUACAUUAUAAAUGUAAAAUAUGUAUAACAAAUUGUAACCUAUUAUAACAAAAUUGUAAAU